AGAUUGAUGUUCGGAAUUAACUUCUCUUCUGAGCUUCCAUUUUUACAUAAUGUCAAAGGUGCCUAUUGCAUAUCUGACACGUAAAGAAACUUUUAGUGCUUGUCAUCGAUUACAUAGUCCACAAUUAAGUGAAGAAGAGAACGUGCAAGUAUAUGGAAAAUGCAAUAAUAUUAAUGGGCAUGGACAUAAUUAUGUAGUUGAAGUAACAUUGUGUGGACCAAUAGAUCCAGAUACAGGAAUGGUAAUGAAUAUUAAUGAUCUAAAGCAGUACAUGAACAGUGCAAUCAUGGAGCCAAUGGAUCACAAGAACCUGGAUAAAGAUGUUCCUUACUUCAGUAAUUUGGUUAGCACCACGGAGAAUGUGGCUGUUUUCAUUUGGAAUAACUUGAAGGCACUAUUACCGAAUCCAACAAUUUUGCAUGAAGUAAAAAUUUAUGAAACAGAAAAGAAUAUAAUUAUAUUUAGGGGAGAAUCUGACUAAUUUGGAAUAUUUAAGACUGAAGCAUUUUGUAUUUGGUUCUUCUGCACUCUUGUUAUGUUGAACAUUUAUGUUAAUGAUUCAGACAUUUUUGUGAAAGUUGUGAGAGUACUUGAUUUGAUACUAAUCUACAUAUAAAAUGAGACAAAAGUCUGAUAUUUGUAGUUCAGUUAUACAUCGAAUCAUCAGGUCAUAAAAUAUUUAUAAUUAAGCUUUCUGCCUGAUUAUGCCACAUCUUGUAGUAUAAACACAUGUCAGAUGCCAUCAUUUAGCAUUUCUUAACACAUUGCGGACCGGUUGUUUAAAUAUUUAAAUCACCCUGGGGACCAGGGUUUUUAAGCCUAGCACCCUAA